GGAGAUUUAAAAAAAACCCCCGGCAGCUCGAUGCCAACUCGAUGGCCCCUCAAAAUGACGUCUAUAGCAGCAAACCCUGCGGUAGGGGAAAACACUGCCUGCCUCCAGGGUAAGUUUCGGUGCACAACGGCCCGCGUUCCAGUACGUUCCAAAGGUACCUAAACCGGAAACCGGAACAGGAAUACGGGAAUUUCAUCAUUAUUGCAUCCAGGUGAUCUCAAUUCCCACCGAAAUAACACCCUGAUUCUUCUUCUAUCCGCAAUGGGGAUUUGAGAGGGUAGUAGGCAACUAACUCAUUUGAGCCGGCAUAUCCGGAGGCGCGAAUGUGGAUGCUCCUUUUCUCUUGAGGGAAAUCGGCUAGAAGGUAAAAUGCCAUUGGCAUAGCCGGGCGGCGUCCAACGGUCCAAGGUCGUCGACAAACAACAGGUUUACGCAAUAACGUGGCUUGCAAGCUUUUUUUUUUUUUUCCUUUUCUGUUCUGUUCUUUGGGUGUCCCACAUUCGAAACCAAGACACUCUCGUCCAACCAGAAACCGUAAAGUCGCACACAGGACCCUAAAGUAUGUGUGCCGAUUUCGAAGAGCUAUAAAUAGCUUUGGAUGCACAGCGGCGGCUGGCUGGACGGGACUGCUGCGCGACAUUUGAUCCAUGCUGGAUGGAAUCUUUUGUCAAAAGAAGGGCUAGAAAAAUAUCAACUUUUCCCAAAGAGGCCAGCCCUUGUAUAUGAGUCUAUGACUGACCUGAAACUCGAAGCGGGGAUAAAACACUAUGGAUAGGGUUUUCAUUUAUAUUUACUCCGCUCCGUACUGAAACUUACUCUACUUAUGCAAGUCCGCUUUCGCUCAUUCUGAUCUGUUUUCUGCAAUACUGCACAUUUUCACAGAUUACAGGGCAUAAACAUGCACAACUGGACAAUCCCGAGCAUCCAUGCGGAACUUUAAAAUGGGACGCGUGGAUAUGUCUUUGAAGUUUGGGGUUGCGUCCCAUUCAGAACUGGCGACAAGAACACCCUGCCCGCCGUGGUCUGUUAUGCGACUAUUUGCCACUGAGGAGACGAGAGCAAUCGCAACUUCGCAAGCGAUUCAGCCACCGUCUUUCCACGGCCUUUGACGUGGUCGAUGUGGCUUGCUACGACGUUUUCCUUGUCAUGAAUUCAGUCAAAGAAAAUCUGCGAUUCUGUGGCUGGCGGAGAAUAACGAAUCCCUUGAGUCAGUCCCUCUGAGUCGACCUCGAUAUGUUACAUCUACUACGUAGGGUAGACUGUGACAUUUUGAAUACAUUUUGGCCGAGGCUGAUGAUCCAUGAACUUUAUUUUUUUCAGUUGUUGUUACUCCGUACUUGUUGUUGGGCAAAAUUUGGGCCGACGCUAGGAGAGAAAGUAAAUAGAACCGUUUUGCAUCAGCGAUGAAUGAAUACUGAGAUAUAAAUCAAUAGUUAACUAGUUAAAUCAAUAAAUAAAUAAAUAAAGCAUAAAAUGAGAAUUAAAAAAAAAAUCAAUCAUAAAUCGACAAAACAGAAACAUAAGGUUGGAUCGCGCUCUUUUUUGGACUGCUUUAUGAGGCUCAAAUUCGAUCUGUUGCUCGUAUAAGAAUCGCAAUGGCGCCAGCUGCCAAGUGGUGACAACUGUCCAUGAACAAGAAUAUCUCAAACGAAGGCGUCUCAGCUUCUCAAGCCUAUCCACUCCUGGGAACUCCCAAAGCCCCAGGUGGCUGGUUCAGAACCAAGCCCCGUUUUAGCCCGGCUCUGGAGCUCUUGGGGCUUGUCUGGGGCCUCUGGUGAGGAUGAGGACUCACACAACGCCAAUCAGCAGCAUAGAUCUGCCCAGUUCCAUGGGAACCGUGGUUCGAGGGGUGGCGGGAUGGCGGCGCGCAUUGGUUGCAACUUGCAACUCGCAAGGAGGCCAAGAACAGGCGAAAGGGAGAUCCGUCAAUAAUCCACCGCUAAUAAAGAAGUUCCGCCGGCUGGGAUGCGAUGCAGUAGUAGAGUAGGUAGUGCACAACGAGAGACAUCCCACAUCAACAUACAGCGUAUAUCAGGGAAAAAAGCCUGGAACAAAGCUGUCCAAGCACGCAAGUAGCCUGGCCAGGUUAUUACUGCAUGGUUGCCAUUCUAUACACAGUAUUGUUGCUAUGACACCAGACCUAAAACCAAAACCCCCCACUCCAAUUGUUGUCUCUGCAGCUUGGGAUACGAUACACCGCAGUCACAAGCUCUGCAUGAAAUCUUACCGUGGAUCUUUUUCAAACAACUCAAUUGGAACCAUUUCCAAUCAUCGUCUUCUUGCUUCUUUUUGCUGAACAACCUCGGUUCUUGGCUUCAACCUCUUUAUUUCUGUUAUUAGACUUCGUGAAGCGUUGUUCAUCUCUUUUCACAGCGACAAUUUCCUCAUUCGGUAUAUACCAUACCAUACCACCUGCACAGCAAUCAUUUCUUCUUCUAAUUCACUCCCUCUUUGCUCUUGCUGACUAUCUCUGUCUUCUUGAACAUUUCCAAAGCCUAGCAAGUCUUUUUUUCUUACUUGAUUCCUCUAUAUUCUCUCCAGCUUGACCACCUGGCGCUUUUUUGUAUGCCUAUAGAGUAUCGAGUCGUGGCUCCCUGUCGCUCUACCUUACCUCCACACCUCUAUCAAGCCAAACCUAUAUUGAGAGCUAUUUGAGAACUAUUUCUUCAUCUCUGCUCGUCAUUCCACGGUAGACGAAUCAAAAAUGAUUCGACCGUGGGUUUCUACCCUCCUCCUAGUCCUAGUCCUAAUCUCCUUCGUGUCCGCUGUCGACCUGGAGAGGGGAAGACAGGCCCGCUCACAUACCCCAUUCACCGGCCUCUUGAAGGCUUUGUCCGCCAGACUCUGGUCUCGAGAGAUAUACCUCGAGAACUAUAUCGUCUCUCGUCAAUAUGACCUAACCAAACGACAAAACGGGAGUGAGUCCUCCCCGACAUCCUCUCCAGAGACAGAAAAUCAACCGACAGCAGGUCCAACCACACCUAAUAGGCCCCCGUCUCAGAAUUCGGCCCGUGACACUUCAGCCGACGAUGCUACAACACCUACAGCUCAACCACCAACUCAAUCACCCGAACCCGAACCUGAACCUACACCCACACCUACCACUCGGGAGCCCCCGCCAUCACCUUCAACCCCUUCAACCCCUCCAACCCCUCCACCCAGUCCUCCACCUCAAAGAACAACAACCACAAGCCCAACCCCUCCACAAUCUAGGGAAUCCAGAACGCCUCCGAGACCUCCCCCUUCCUCGAGGGCGCGCUCCACACCCAGACCUAGCCCAGAACCUACCACGAGGCCCAGAUCACCCACUAGCACUCCCACUCGGAGGAGCACCCCUCCGCCAAGCAGUUCAACAAAGCUCAUCCCGACCACAAACGCAGAUGGCUCCCCGAGUACCAUUACGACUGUCGUAGUUGUCCAACCCACGCGAACUAAUUCACCAGGAGAGAACCGGCAAACACCACCUGGUUUGCAGACGGGUGCAGCACCCAUUAUAGCUGCCGCUAUGGAGAAAGGGUUGUUGGGAUUGCUUGGAUUCAGUGGUGCUAUUGCCAUUGCAUUGGCGUUUUAAAUUGGAAAAUGUGUAGGGGCCAGGGAGAUACACACGAUACCGGGACGAGCAAUGGGUUUAAAACAAUAAAAUAAAUAAUAAAAACAAAAGGGGAAAGGAAGAACUUAAGGAUGAUCGUGGGUGGAGAAGGAUUUACAUUAGUCGUGGUAAGCAAGAUAGGAAAACGGACCCAGAAGCACUUGGACCCUCUGUCUAUUACCUCUGUUUUAUUAACAUCUUAUUUUCGUUUGGGAGGGUUUUUCAUUUUCAUUUUUCCUUUUCGCAUCACGGUGAAAAUUAGAGCUCGGAGGAGGUGUCGAUCCGUGGAAUAUUUAACUAUUCCACCGGUCAAAGAAAACGGUUUAGGCCAUGUUCCUCUGUUCUCUUGCCGGUCAAAGUUUUCUUAAUAAUAAAUAAGAAAUAAGAAAUAAAAAUAAGAAAGAUUCAUAUAUAUAUCGAAACACCCUAUGAGAAAAAGUCUGGAGAAGGAGUUAGUUGUAAUUUUCACCCUCUCGUUCUCGCUUCUUUUGUUGACAGGAUUAGCUCUCAUUGCAUUGCACCCGUACAGAGUAGAGGAGCAGCUAAUCAAUUAUACAGUUAAUAAUACCGAAAAACGCUCUAUAAACAUGAA